AUGUAUCCGCUUUACAUCCCAGGCGAACGUGGUGUGACAUUAUCAGGAGGCCAGAAACAGCGUGUCGCCAUCGCCCGGGCCCUCAUUAAGAAUCCGAGCAUCCUGGUGCUGGACGAGGCCACCAGCGCCUUAGAUGCUGAGUCGGAACGUGUGGUUCAGGAGGCUCUGGACCUGGCCACCCGGGGCCGUACUGUGCUCAUCAUCGCCCACCGCCUGAGCACCAUCCAGGCGGCUGACCUCAUCUGCGUCAUGAGCAAUGGGCGCAUUAUAGAAGCUGGAACUCACACGGAACUGCUGGGCCGAGGCGGACUGUAUUGUGACCUGAUCCGAAGGCAAAGAGCUGAGGGACGGAAAUGAACCGUGCUCAAUAUGUUUAUAAAUGUUAAUUAUAGGGCGACAUGGUCGACUGGCCUCACAAUGGAGAGGUGCAGGGUUCGAUU